GGUGUGAUCAGAUGGAUUGCAGUUGUGGCAUUAAAGUGUCCAUGAAUCUAAAGAUUAUAAAUAUGUCUUAGUUCACAUGAUGCGGUUGUGACGGACUGACCAUGAACUUGAUCAGCCACGGGAAGGUGGGGCUCACCCACACGCAAACAUGCCACAUGUUUAGAGAUGAGCUCUGAAGGAGUGAAGAACUACUGAAAACGAGAUAUGGAUUCGGCCUCAAGAAUGUCCCUUGUGUUCGAGCGGCCAGGGUCGGACAUAAAAAAGGCCGGUUACCUCAAAAAGUUAAAGACUAUGAAGAAGAAAUUCUUCCUGAUGCGGUCAACAAGCAGUAGUGGACCGGCAAGGUUUGAGUAUUACGAUAGCGAAAAAAAGUUCCGUAAUGGUCAACCACCUAAACGUGUUAUACAUCUACAUACAUGUUUCAACAUCAACAAAAAGUCGGAUACACGUGUGAAAAAUGUCAUUGCCCUGUACACGCGAGAUGACUGCUUCUCGGUCAUCGCAGAAAAUACAAUGGAGCAAGAUCAUUGGUUGGAAUAUUUGUUGGAGUACCAAACAGAGUAUUCAGAUGGUGUUACUGUAUCGCCCAGGAUACAUUUUGAUUAUGUAUGGCAGGUGACAAUCAAACAGCGGGGUCUUGGGUACACUAUCUCAGGAAUGAGUGGCACAUAUCGCAUGUGUCUGUCAACAAAUGACAUCUGUCUCAUCAGAAACAACUCGGAUGUAUUCGAGUUCACCUUUCAGUUGUCAAGUAUCAGAGGGUGUGGUCAUUCCGAUGGAUACUUCUUCAUGGAUGUUGGACGGUCAGCCCCAACUGGUGAAGGAGAGCUUUGGAUUCAGGUAGAGGAUACAGUCAUUGCCAAGAGUAUGCAUGAUGUUAUUUUAAGUGCUAUGAAAACCUCUUCCAGUAGUGAUCAGAGCCAUUUCCGACAGCGCAGCAGUACAAAUACCUCAACUAUCAACCGCCCGAGGGACAACAGUCAUGAUUUCAAUGGACAGGCGGCACUGAGGCCUCGGACAGGAAGUGAAGGUCAACGAACCCAAGGACAAGGCAGUCCACGCCGACGGCCGAUGUCAUCCAUGGUGUAUAGACCUUCCAAUACAACCAUGGACAACGCUGCUCCACAGAUUGUUUCGGGACAAAAUUCUUUCCACCCUCAUUCAUUUGAUGUUGCCUCACAGCCACCUUUCUAUGAGAAUCAGUGCAUGGCACAUGCACCUCUGAGUUUUCCUACUCAGCCAGGUCACCAAGGUCAUCGUGUCCGUUCAGACAGUGCUGGGUCACAUGGGUCACGAUGUAGCCAGCUGGCAUUGUCACCUGACACGUCUAUAUAUGGGUCCAGCCCAGGCGAUCAGUUGUCACAUCGUUCCAUGACCCCGGAUUCGAUGCGUCCACCAAUCACAGAGGAGUCGUCUUACUUUGACAUGUCUCCGGGGGCGGGCGUGAGAUCCACCACACCCUCACCACCACAUCCAUUUGUAACGGACAGAAUUGGCUCUGAUGCAAUCAUGAUUUCUGGGGGCAACAAGCAUGAGGGAUACAUUGAGAUGAAACCAAGCAGUUCGUUAGGAAGCAGUGUUGGAGGAAGUGAUACAGGCUAUAUGGACAUGGCUAUAAACCUACCCCAGGAAAAAGGAGGAAUGGACAACUCCUAUAUGAUGAUGGGUCACCAUGGAAACCGACAAUCAUCCAUGUCGGUUCCAAUUCCACAACGUGGUCCUAAAGAGCCUGGGUACAUGGAUAUGAACAUGACGCCAACUAGUCAGCCUCUCCCCACAGUCAAGGAAGGCGGAAGUGGUGAGAGUUAUCUUCCCAUGACUCCAACAGGCAUUAGUCCAAGAUCAGCUGCAGAUCUGAAGCCAGCCAAGGUUGUAAGUUAUCUGUCGGAUGACUCAAUGUCUGGUGAGUUCCCCAAAAGAGCUUAUUCCCUAGGCAGUCGACCAGCUAGCAAGAUGAUGCAUCGACACACUCAUGUCACAGAACCCUCUGUUCCACUUAAUCUGAAAGUCACAGACAAUGGCCGCAGUUCCAGUGCUCCACAUCUCAUAGUUCAGAAAAUUAAGAAUCAGGCUGCAGCCUAUAUGCCUAUGGACGCCUCUUCAAACAGUGCAUCAAUCAAAUCUGAUGAUUCAGAUUCCUUUAUGGAGCUGGAUUUUUAUCGUCCGCGCACUGCAAGUGAAAGUUAUGGGUAUAGACCACGAGCAUCAAGUUUUGGAAAAAUGUACAAUGCGCAAGGUCAUAGACCAAGGUCAUCCAGUUAUGGUCAUAGUUCUCGUGGGGGUAAACAGAUGGGAUCCUUUGAAUCUGUACGUACAACUUCAAAAGAAUUAUUACAUAAGCGAUCGUUUGAAUCCCUUGGCAGGUUUUCCACCACAUCUUCGAAAGCUUCUUCUUCAGAGUCGCUGCGUAAACUAGAAACAUCUUCCAAGUCUUCACAGCAGUCAGAUUAUGUUGAUAUGAACAUGAAUCGAAACUCUGAAAAUAGUGGAUACAUAGAUAUGUCAAUUGGAGGUCAAGGCCAAAGUGCAGGCUCGAAAUGUAGUGGUACAUCGCGUAGUUCAUCCUCACAGAGUUUAAGUUCGUCACCAGCUAUAAGUGGCUUUAUUAGCCCUAGUCGACCGGAGAAAUCCUCACCAGACAUCAAAAUUAUCAAAGCAUCUGGUCAUGUUGUACAAAAACCGAUGGGAUUUGUUCCAUCGCAUCAUACAGGAAGCACCACGCAUGGAACUGAGGGAAUUCCAAGCCAAGCAGCUCUCUUCAGUCCAGUGGCUUUUAAUUCAGGAUCGGGUGGAUCACGCAGUCCUUCGGUCAAAGGUCGUAGUCCAGCAAGUUCUGGUAGGGAAUCGGAGGAAGAGAGUUAUGUCCCUUACCAGCCAGCUUCCUCUGACAAAGUUGACAGUAAUUUAAAAGGAUCUAGUGGCAGAGACUCCUCAGGUUCUGACUCGGGGAGAUUUUCUCUGAAGAAAAAGAAACAUAAAAGUGACAAAAGUGAAAAGAAAUCUUCAGAUAAAAAAGAGAAGAAAGAAAAAGAAAGCUCUGAGAGUAAAAAGUUAGGGAGAAUAAGUCCAAAAGAUGGAAAACAAAGCCCGAAGUCAGAAUCCAAAUUUCAAAAGACAACAAGUGUUCAAGAUGAUGUUUACCUGGUGUAUGAACCUGGAAUGACACUGUCUGAAGAAAGUGAUAAACCAGCAGAGUUUUCCAGGGCAGUGAAGAAGCCUGAAUCAGUCCCCUCAUACACAUCUAAAUCUGCUCCAGUUGUACUCUCUCCUAGUAGUGAUUACAUGGACUUCGAGCCGGAGGUUUCCUCGGACAAAAAUGUGAUCAAGUGUAGCCAAUCAGAUGUCAAGAAAAGUAAAGACUCCAGUCAAAAAUCUUCUCCAAGUUCUAAGUCUGAGAAUAAAGAAUCGGUUGUUUUCUCGUUAGGAAGCAUGGAGGAUUAUAUGACUCAUGCUCCAUUAACAUCUGGGGAAAAUCAACGAGAGACAUGUGACAAUUCUCUAGCCAAUCAGGAUCAAGAGAAAACACCGACCAAUCCAGGAGGAGUGGCAGGGGAGUCGUAUCAGUAUAUGGAGUUUGAUCCAUCUACUCAUCAGAUCGAGGAAAGUGAAGCAGAUGUUAAAAAUCCUACCCGUGUCCGAUCCUACAUUGCUGAAAAAUCUAUGGAAAAAGAUUGUAUUGAAGAUAACUCUAACCAAAGCAUUGCCAAAAGUCAAAUUGUUCAAGGUCAGUCUGAUAAAUUUAGCAUUAGUAGCAAGGUCAGUGAAGAAAGUGAUAUAUCAGGUUCUGGGUCAAGCAAGACUGUUUCAAAAUCUUCAAAUGAACAGCCAAACUCAACAAAAGUGGCAAUAAAGCACGCUAGCAUUAAUAAACCUGAAAGUAACACUACAGAUAAACCAAAAUGUGAUAGUCCAAAAACUAGGUCAGGAAAACUGGUAAAAUCUAAUGACAAACCUGUGGAAAGACGUCUAGAAAUUAAGUCGCUGGCUACAUCAGUACUUCCUGUCCACGAAGAGGAAGAUGAUGAUGGAUAUGUGGGUUUAAAUUUCAGUAACUCUAGAAAAUCUGUAGAUGAUCCAGUGGAGGAGUUGAUCGAGUCGGAUGUGGACAACCUUCGUCCUUUACCUGUGCGUAGUGAGAUAUGCGACAUUGAGGGGUCACUUUCCAAGGUAACGAUAAAACGUCUUGUGUCUUUAUCAGGACUUGACGACAGUAAAUCAGAUGAUGGAACAGAAAGACAACCUCAUAAUCGAAAGGCCAGUACUUCAACAAUCGGGCAAUAUAACCAGAAAUUGGCAGCAAAUGUUAGAAUGUCGCCAGUGCGGAAGGGGAGUGUGUCUUCACUAGGUGAUGAAGCAACCAAUGGAAAGAAAGAAGAGGGGUCAUGUGACUCAAUGGAAGGGCAAACAAACAGUGCUGCAGGGAAUGGACAAAGUCCAAUGGGUUCGGAACUCCACAAACAAAAGAGUAUGCCAUGCAUGACUCUGCCGGUUGCUGACGAGGCACCUGCUCAAUGUGCUGCUAUUAGCACGAAUAGUUUCUUUAACAAUCCAAGGAGUAGGCAUAGUUGUUCAGACCUCACUGGGGCAUAUGAACAAAUGACUUACCCAUCGGGGAAUAAUUUAGAAUCUGGCCACCAACAGUCAUCCUCACAGCAGCAGCUGACGCCCCCAGGUUGUACACAGUUACAUUAUGCUUCAUUGGACUUAGGAUCGUCAGAGACCGUUGAUAGCAACGAUCCAAAAUCCCCUCGAAUAAAAAGUCGACAUUCUUCUGCUGAUGAACCAGGAGCUUGUCCGACAUUAUCAUAUGCUCAAAUAGAUUUUAAAAAGUCAGAAAAUCUGAAGAGUGCUAGUAACAAAGACGUGUCAUUUCCUUUUGAUUGAUGAAGGUUUGAAUUAGGUGUGAAAUAAGUGUGAAUGAUCAUGUGUUAGUGUUGGUACAUCGUUCCUUGCAAGAAGAUGCUGAUGUAUCCUAAACGGCCAGUUAAAUGAUUAAUCCGUUAAUGCACGAUUGACUCGUGUGGAAGACAUAUUGAAUAUAUACUUGUCUUAAAACUUUCUAUUUCUGAGAUUGGGUUCUUAAUGAGAUUUCCUGGAAAUAAACAUUUAAAGCAAAAAUAUGUAUAUCCCAGUGACUCGGCGUCCAUUGCCAGAUAUAUAUUAUAACUAUCUGUUUAUAUAUGUGAACUACUAUGUUAGGGUUCUAUGCCAGGUCCCUGUAACAUAUAUAAAGCAGAUGUUCGGUGCAGUGAUUAUUUGUUUCCCGAUGAAUUAAAUUACGUAAGUUAUAGAUAUUUGCUAUUGAAUUCAAGUAUGGGAAAUACAAAUGAAAUGGUUCCAAACUUCUAUAAAUUUAAAAAGUUGUUCAUCUUAGAAAACUUUGAAUAUAGUAUUAGUUAGAUUUCAGUUGAUUGAUGGAAUAAUUAAUUCAUUUUGUGCCCAACUUGGUUAUUAGCUGUGUUUGUAUGAGAUGACAAGAAAUAGUGCUGUAUGAAGUUGCAUGAAGACUUUGUUCCUGAAUUUCUUAUUUGUACAUGAUUGAUUGUUAAAGUUUUGCUUGGCAUGGAAUAAUUGUACAGCAUUGUAUUUAUUGUAUUUGCUACGUAUGAAAUACGUACAAGAUAUGAUAUGAUUUCUGAUUACUAUAGUAUUGCCUUUGAUAUAAAUGUAAACUAAAUCUUACUACUAGCCAAUUCUAGCCAAAAUUUCAUGUGAAAAGUUUGAAUAUAAGUUCCUUUAAGGAACUGAUUAUUUUAUGAUAUUGAAGUAAGAACUUCAUUUUUCACAAGGUGUCAUUGCCUUUUUUGUCAAAUAUUGAAUUUUGAUAAACUAAUUUACCAGAAUUUAUGAAAUAUAGAUAGAUCACAUUUUUAGUGGGUGAAAGAAUUUAUCAUCCUGGCUAAAAUAGGAACACAAAAAGUAAACAGAAAUUUGUUUAAUCAAAUAAAUUCAGUUUUUAUAAAUAAAUGAAAAAUCAGCUUAUUAAAUAGUAUUAAAUGUUAAUUGUACAUUAGUCUUUAAAAUUGAGAUACAUAUGUUCAAAGGAGAGUUUCAUGCAAUAAAGGAACCAAACUUGAUGACUGAUAUUGGACAAUACAUUUACCUGUAUCUAUAAUUUGUUUGAAUGAUACCAGUCAUAUUGAAGUAGAAAAUUGGUGUAAUGUGUAUUAAAUGUAACACUGUAAUUAAUGUGUCUGCAACAUUUUUAAGGAGUGAAGUUGUACAAUUGUAAACCACUGGUUAUGGAAAUUUUGAUUACCUCCCCUUGGUAAACAUAUGACCAGUCUAUGAACUGUCGUGUGACUCCAGCAUUUUUUUCUUGAUUAAAAUCCAAAAUCAGGUUGACCUAGCAACACAGAGCCCUAGACAACACAAUUUAGCAAUACAUAUAGCUAUUGUACCUAGACAGGUCAUUGAUACUGUAUUCACAAUAAUAAACACACUUCCGUGCUAUAAGCCCCUAUCCGGCUUCAAUUUUUCUCCUUGGAAGGAGUAUAAGGUUGUUGCUUCACUUAUCAACAAACAUAUGUAGAAUAUUCAAACAUUCAACUCUUUCCCUUCCAUAUACCCUUCCAAAAAGUGAUAUGGCUUAAGUCCUAGACUCUGCAUUUAUCUUUCUGCUUCAGUUUAAUUUUUCUUCCUUUUUUUUUUUCAUUUUUAAUUGAAAUUGUUUUUUCUACUUCCAAAAUGAAAAGCCUAAACACAAUUCCUGCAGAAACUUUUCCCUCUCAAUAGUACGUAUAAGUGUGCAAAUCAUUUUGAGUGGAGCAUUGUAUAUUAGAAUUUAGCACUAUCCAAAUUUGCGAUGAAACUGCUGAAGUGUGAUUGCUGCUAAUGAAGAAAGACAACUGAACAUUUCUUGAUUGGAAAUAUCCUUAAUUCUUUUAUUUAUUUAACUAGUAUUCACUAUAAUGCUUGAUAAAUUAAUUGUACAUAUUACCUAUUUGCUAAAUCCAAAAAAUGCCACAAUCAUUUCGACAUAAGCUUUAAUGUAUAUACAAAUGCUGUUUUCAUUUUUCGUGAAAUGUAUAGCAUGUUAAGGGUUUGUUAAAGGUGUGAAAUAAGACGAUGUUAUUGAUUGGCGAGUCCUGUUACCAGUAGGCUGUUGAGUUGUUUAUUUUUGUCGCUAUGUUUUUCUGUGAUUAUUUCUGUAAACUCUUUUGUCAGUCAGUUGUGUUUUCUUCAGGAAGUUGGUUAGGAGGAGGAUACGUUCCGUAUUUUGAACCUUACAGCAUUGUAUAUAUCUAUUAAAAUCGGGCCCCUGUUUCAGAAAUAUUCUGUAACUUUUGGCAGUUCCUUUGAUUAUAAAAAAUCUUCCCACAGAGAACCACUUUGGAAAUAAUAGUGACCUUGUGCUGUCAACCAACUGUCUUCCUUUCGCAGUUUGCUUUCUCAAAUUUGUGCUAUUGAAGGGGAAAAAAAGGAGGGGGGGGGAGUUUAUCAUUGCAAAUUAGACAGAUUGGUUGCCAUUAAUUUCAAUAAAAAUAAAAGUUAUUUGUUGCAAGCAUUUUGCUAUGCAGACAUCUCAAAUGUGAGAAGAUUUUUGUAAGAUAGCGUGAUAAGGGUACAGUUGUUAUUCAGUAUUAUGGUUUCCCUAAUGCAAAGAUCUUCAUUGAACAAAACAACCGUUAAUCAGGGGGUUUUGGUGAUUGUAAGCUUAGCUAUACAACAUCUGAUUUUAAUCGUACUGACUCAAUGCAUUUAACAUCACAUUCUUGUCAGAAAAAAAGAUGAUAAUGAAUAGAUGAAUCAGAGUAAUAAUGGGAAAAUAUAUUUAAAUUUUUUUUCCUCAAAAUUUUUAUAUACCUCUGUUACAAACUUCUAUCUGUACUGCAGGGAAGUAUUACGCUGUUGGUAGCCAAGAUGACAUACAGCCGUUCCUUUUUAUACAAAGAUUUUGUUUUAACUGUUGUUUUUAAACUCAUUUCAAGCAAUAAGGUUGUCAAUGUAUUUUAAUUCUAUUAUAUUUUGUUUUUUCUACCAUUUUUUAAAAAUAUUUAUAAUGGUCUUAAUCUGUGUUGUAAUUUUGUAUCAGUUUCCUUCUGCGAUUAAUCUGCAUCAGUUAUAUGAUAAAGUUGGAACAUAUUUUACAAGGUUUUACAAAACCUUUUAAAAUUUAGCGGUGAGACUAUAGUAUUGUCAGAUUAAGUAAAGCUCCGAUACUUUGUUCAAAUACAUACAUGAUUUUUUUUCAGUAAAAACAGUUGUUUUGUAUGGUGAAAGUUGUAACCCUUUCAAUUCUUGUGUUUCUGCAAUAUGGGUCAUUAGGUUUCCUAUUGUAUACAAUUUACUUAUAUUUUUGUUAGAUCUAUAUCACCUUAUUGUUGAUGUACACAUAAAACAGGGACUUUAUACUUAAUCCUGUCCGAUGUGUCUUACAAAUACCUGUACUUACAUAAAAACAUGUUCUACAUUUAGACCCAUGGUUUUGGAAGUUUUAUCGAGUCCAUUUGGUCACAAAACCCAUGUGUAUAUAUACUAAUUAAAUGCACUUUUCAUAGCUACAUAAUAUCAUAUUUUAAGAUAGUGACCCAUGCAUCGGAAAUAUGUAUCAGAUCUCUUAGUCAACCGAACACUUUUCAUAUGUAUUUCAUGAGACAUGGAUGCUUGUGUUGGGAAUUGAGCUUUGUACACACAAACACAGGGACUUAGACACUAAAAAUACUGACAGCAGAGAUUUUGUGACACAUUACUGUUUAUACAAGUGAUAUUGUCAGCCAACAGUUUAACACAGGUACCAGUCAAAAUUGAUUUUCUGAGGAGCUAUGUAGAAAUUAUCAUACAAUUAUACAAACUAUAUUUGCCAGACAAUAAGCCCAUGUCUGGUAAUAAACCCGUUCUAUGACUUUUAAGUAGAUUUACUAACAUCUACUAUUUUAUUGUCCUGUCACAAUCUCUGACUUUGAGUCAGAAGUGAAGUGGUUGCCCUCAAGUUUAUUACAGGGUAAGUUCAGUAUUGUACUUCUAAAUAUCUCAGCAAUUCUGUAGGAAAAUCUAUUUGUGACAGGUACCUGUGAGUUGGUAUAGUAUAUGGGUCUAAAAUUAGACCAACUGUUAUUUUUUCCUUCACCAAUGUGAAUAUUGUGUCUGUUCAGUUCGAAUGCAGACUAUAACUUAAAGAAAAGAAUGAUGUACUUUUACUGUGAUUAGAAGUCAGGUUUCCAUAUUUACGGGUUUACCUACUGGUCAGACAAGCUCUGUUUACACUUUUUAUGUAGCUUUAUUCCAGAUCCUGAGAAGGAAUGUAAUUAUUUGCCAAUUUAGGUAUACAGUGAAGAAAAAUCUUCACCAUACAUUGGAAGCAUUUUGAAAAUGAUUGCAAAUGAGCUAAAAUGUUGUCAGGUGUUUGACGUUUGUGUGUUUAUUACAUAGUGAUUUAUCCUUCAUUUUGUAAUUUUUUUUUUCGUGUGUUGUAAUAAGAGUCAGUUUAAAUUAUUUGAAUCGAUCAAUUAGAGCAUUACUUGAUCAUAACCACAGGGACCUGGAAUGAAUUCUUUUUCCUAUGGUUCAGGUUAGGUUGGGAAAUCAUACCAAGUCCUUGUAUCCAUAAAUGUGCUAUAGUGAAAUAUUUGAUCAUGUUCAGCACUGAAUUCAUUUGACCUUUCACCUUUAUUUGACCUUAACCUUUCACCUUAUCACUGCUUAACAUUUAAAUCACAAUAAAAAUGUCAUCAGAUUUUAAAUACUGUUUUAUCAAUCUCUCCCACAGUGGAUUGUGGUCUCCAACACAUCACAUUGCACUUUUGGAAAGACUGGAGUUUUAUAGCUACUUUUACAAACGUCUUUGGAACAAAGAUUAUAUGAUCAAUGUCAUCACAGCUCUUGUGUAAUAUAUAAGAAGUCAAACUGUAUCAUUUCAAUUUGUGCAGGAGAUACUGGUGGUGACCCAAGGACAUAUAAAUCACAUUUAAAAGUAAUGUUGGCAUUUUUUUGGAUGUGAAAUGUCGCCUUGUUAAAAGUUGUUAAAACAGUUUUGUUAAUUAUAAUUGUUGUUGUGACCACAAAGAUGUAGUCGGCUGUCACUUUUUGAUUUAUUUUCUGUGCUCCAGUAUGUUAUUCUAGUGGUGUUAUGUAAUUUGGCCAGGAAUCCAGAUUUUGGCCGUGCCUUAUAUUUCAGUCAAGUUUUAGUGCCCUCUGUUAUCUGAGAAGAAUAGAUAUAAUAUGAUGGCACUUACUGCAAGUUUUUGAAAACUGCGGUUUUAGUGUUCAGAAGAGAAAAUGUCAUGUUAAUGUUGACGAUGUAUAUUCGGUGAACACCUUUGAAUGCGGGUGCAUUAUUAUGUUACAGAGAGAAUGAAUAAAGGCUAUAUACCUGA